CCCUCAGCAUAGAGUCAUUAACUAGUUACAAACCAAAACUCAUAGUUAAUUCAAAUCAAUGGCGAUUAGCAAUGAAGUUGAUUAUGAGAAGGCGCCAACAGCUGCGGUGCUAGCCAUCGGAACGGCCAACCCUCCCAACGUUGUAGAACAAAGCACAUACCCUGACUACUUCUUCAGAGUCACAAACAAUGAGCACAAGCAUGAGCUCAAGGAAAAAUUCAAGCGAAUAUGUGAGAAGUCUAUGAUCAGGAAGAGACAUAUGUUCUUAACUGAAGAGAUACUAAAAGAGAAUUCCAAUCUGUGUUCCUUCAAAGAAGAGAACUCACUAGACACUCGCCAUGACAUAAUGGUGGAAGAGGUGCCAAAGCUAGGAGCAAAGGCCGCCAUCAAAGCACUGGAGGAAUGGGGACGUCCACGGUCUGAGAUCACACAUGUCAUCUUUAGUGCCAUCGGUGGCCCAGACUUGCCCGGAGCCGACUACAGGCUGAUUAAACUCCUCGGCUUCUCACCGUCCACCAAACGUGUCAUGCUCUACGGCCUUGGCUGCUUUGCCGGUGGCAGCGUGCUACGUAUAGCUAAAGACCUGGCAGAGAAUAAUGAGAAUGCUCGUGUGCUCAUUGUGUGUUCGGAGAUUAAUGCUGUUUUUUUCCGAGGACUUGAUGAUGUUCACUUUGAUAACUUUGUAUGUCAAGCUAUCUUUGGUGAUGGAGCUGCGGCCGUGAUCGUAGGAGCUAACCCUAUUCCCGGCAUUGAGACUCCUAUCUUUGAGCUAGUGUCCACGGAUCAAUCUAUACUCCCGGAUAGUGAGGGAGCCAUUGAAGGAUAUCUCAGGGAGGUGGGGCUUGUGUUCCAUUCUAUCAGCCAAGUACCGAACAUCAUUGCAAAGAACAUUGAGAACAGUUUGGUGAAGGCGUUCAAACCUUUGGGUAUCUCAGACUGGAACUCAUUGUUUUGGAUUGUUCAUCCUGGAGGGCGUGCUAUUCUUGAUAGGGUUGAAGAGAAGUUGGAGUUGAAGCCAGAGAAGAUGAGAGCCACUAGACAUGUGCUCAGUGAGUAUGGGAAUAUGUCUAGUGUGUGCGUUCUCUUCAUCAUGGAUGAGAUGAGGAAGCAUUCGGUCAAGCAAGGGCAAAGCACAACCGGAGAAGGGCUUGACUAUGGAGUGCUAUAUGGAUUUGGCCCUGGCUUGACUAUGGAAACUGUUGUCCUCCGUGCAUUUUCUUGCAAUGACCAAAAGUAAUAGGUGUGAUUUAUUUUUACACAUGUCAAACAAAGUAUUUGUGUUUUAUCUUAUAAUAAAAUAUUAUUAUUAA